UCAAAAUGGUAAAAUAUCGAUGGAUGCGGCGCGUUGGCGUUCUGAGGCAUGAAGGCUGUGUCUGCGGGCUGAGAUGGCAUGCGUUUUAGCGGACCGAUGGAUACGGGCGAUCUGGCAGAGGACAGAGCGCAGAAAUAAUUUCUGCAGAGCCCAUCGGGUGAAAUUGACAGAGAGCUGAAUUUCGUGCUAGAGUUCGGGACCAGUGGGCGCCAAUUGGGAGCGCGCUGCCAUUUCACUCACUCGUUCCCAGCUGCAAACACCCCCACGUUCUGACCACCUACGGCCAGAAACUGGGCGCUUUGUUUCAGAGGGGCAUUUCGCGGAACGACGCAGAAUCUCGCCCUGCACAACCCAGCCUUUGCCUCACGAGCAGCAACACAGAAAGCCUAGCCUGCCUUUGAGCGGGAGAGAUGGAAACAGAGCCCGCUUUAUGAUGGAACGCACCACAACUAACUCUGAUGGUAUCGACAUCGCCAAGAAGCACCAGCGGAACAAGAACCGUUCCGCUCCCGUGAGCGACAACGUCUACCUGCUGCUGCUGGUGAAGCUGUACCGCUACCUGGCUCGCCGCACUGACUCGAACUUCAACAAGGUCGUCCUGAAGCGCCUGUAUAUGUCGCGCAUCAACCGCCCGCCCAUGUCGCUGUCGCGCCUGGUGUCGCUGUCGAAGAACUCGGCUGCCCAGACCGUUGUCGUUGUCGGCACCAUCACCGACGAUGUCCGCCUGGAGGUUGUCCCCAAGAUGUCGGUCGCUGCCCUGCACGUCACCAAGACUGCCCGUGCCCGCAUCCUGAACGCCGGCGGUGAGAUCCUUACCCUCGACCAGCUUGCUCUGCGCGCCCCGACUGGCUCCAACUGCCUGCUGCUCCGCGGCGAGCGCAACGCCCGUGAGGCCGUCAAGCACUUCGGCCGUGCCCCUGGUGUCCCUGACUCCAACACCAAGCCGUACGUCCGCUCCAAGGGCCGCAAGUUCGAGCGCGCUCGUGGUCGCCGUGCCAGCCGUGGCUUCAAGGUCUAAAUUUCUCUCUCGGAUCGCUCCUUUACUUUUUCUUUGUUCUCGAGCAAAAACAACGAGUGAACAUUUUAA